GAUAGUCGGCCGUCGGACGUCCAUCAGGAUUGACGAACUUCGUAGGUUGCGAGUGAGGGAUGCUUGUGGGCAUGGCUAGCGCGGGACGGGGAAGACGGCGUUGGAAAUGCCCUCAUCGAAUUUUCGCCGCGCUCUUAUGUAUAGGUACCCUUUCGACAUGCACCGCCGUUUGUGAUAGCGCUUUUGCGUUUAGGGUCAAAGGUCGUCAAAAAGAAAUAGGAAGCGGGGAACUCCGAACGGUCAUAGCACAUGCAUGUACAAAGAGCGCUCGGCGACACAAAAAUGCCAAACAAUGAUGAACGUGGACUGCCAUAGGCCGCAUUAUGCGAGGCGUAGCAACGAUACAACAUGUUACAAGAAUAGAGCGUAUUAGAU